AUGUUAAGUACGUCCAUGAAAAGUAUAUAUUCAUCUUCUCUAAAUGCUUUCGGUAGAAGGUAUUUUAGAGUUGGUCUCCCACAGGCUCAGCGAUUAAAACAAUUCAAAAUUUAUAGAUGGAAUCCAGAUAGCCCUGCUAAGAAGCCCUUCUUAGAAACAUUCCAAGUUGAUUUAGAUGACUGCGGGCCAAUGGUUCUAGAUGCCCUUAUAAAGAUUAAAAACGAGAAAGAUUCAAGUUUGGCAUUCCGUAGAUCAUGCAGAGAAGGUGUGUGUGGGUCAUGUGCAAUGAAUAUCGGAGGAAGAAAUACACUGGCCUGCACAUGUGAAAUCGACAAUAAUCUGAAGCAAGAAACCAAAGUUUACCCUUUACCACAUAUGUUCAUCAUUAAGGAUCUAGUUCCCGAUUUAACCAAUUUUUUCCAACAAUAUAAAUCCAUACAACCGUACUUACAGAGAAACUCUUUCCCAAAGGGAAGAGAAAUCCUACAAAGCCCUGAGGAUCGUAAGAGGCUGGAUGGAUACUAUGAAUGUAUCCUUUGUGCAUGUUGCUCUACCGCAUGCCCAUCUUAUUGGUGGAACCAGGAACAAUAUUUGGGACCUGCAGUAUUACUACAAGCUUAUCGUUGGCUUGUCGACUCAAGAGAUCAAGCUUUUAAGGAAAGGAAGAAGAUGUUGGAAAAUGCGUUAUCACUAUAUAGGUGCCAUUUUAUACUGAAUUGUACAAGGACUUGUCCAAAGGGAUUGAAUCCCGCCUACGCAAUUGCACAAAUAAAGAAACAGUUGGCAACCUUUUAG